AGCGGCGGCUGUUAAAACAGCUCCAGCCCAGCACGCUUCCACACUGCCCUGCUGGGGUGCGCGCCGCCGCCCGCGGAGAUGAAGCUAGCCGCCUGGUGCUGCCUGAGCUCGGCCGUCCUGGCUGCUUACAGCUGUUUGGUUGCGGCAAACAAUGACACAGAAGAAAUUAAAGACGAAACGGCCAAGGACGCCUGCCCGGUGAGGCUAGAGAGCAGAGGGAAAUGCGAGCAGGGAGGCGAAUGCCCCUACCAGGUGAACCUGCCCCCGCUGACGAUUCAGCUCCCCAAGCAGUUCGGCAGGAUGGAGGAGGUGUUCAAAGAAGUCCAGAACCUCAAGGAAAUCGUCAGCAGCCUGAAGAAAUGUUGCCAAGAAAGCAAACUGCAGGCGGAUGACAACCGAGACCCUGGAGAGGCGGAUGACAACAGAGUGACAGAGCUGGAGAGCGAGGUGAACAAGCUGUCCUCUGACCUGAAGAACGCCAAGGAGGAGAUCGACGUGCUUCAGGGUCGCCUGGAGAAGCUGAAUCUUGUAAACAUGAACAAUGUAGAAAAUUAUGUUGACAGCAAAGUGGCAAAUCUGACAUUUGUGGUCAAUAGUUUGGAUGGGAAAUGUUCAAAGUGUCCCAGUCAAGAACAGAUACAAUCACGUCCAGUUCAACAUCUAAUCUAUAAAGAUUGCUCCGAAUACUACACUAUAGGCAAAAGGAGCAGUGAAACCUACAGAGUUACACCGGAUCCCAAAAAUAGUAGCUUCGAAGUUUACUGUGACAUGGAGACCAUGGGGGGAGGCUGGACAGUGCUGCAGUCACGUCUCGAUGGAAGCACCAACUUCAACAAAACAUGGAAAGACUACAAAGCAGGCUUUGGAAACCUCAGAAAAGAAUUUUGGCUGGGGAAUGAUAAAAUCCACCUUCUGACCAAGAGUAAGGAGAUGAUUCUAAGAAUAGACCUUGAAGACUUUAAUGGUGUCAAACUCUAUGCCUUGUAUGAUGAGUUUUAUGUGGCCAAUGAGUUUCUCAAAUACCGUUUACACGUUGGUAACUAUAAUGGCACAGCUGGAGAUGCCUUACGUUUCAGUAAACACUACAACCACGACAUGAAGUUUUUUACCACCCCAGAUAGAGACAAUGAUCGAUAUCCCUCUGGGAACUGUGGGCACUUCUACAGUUCAGGCUGGUGGUUUGAUGCAUGUCUUUCUGCAAACUUAAAUGGCAAAUAUUAUCACCAAAAAUACAGAGGUGUCCGUAAUGGGAUUUUCUGGGGCACCUGGCCUGGUAUGAGUGAGGCACACCCUGGUGGCUAUAAGUCCUCCUUCAAAAAGGCCAAAAUGAUGAUCAGACCCAAGCACUUCAAGCCAUAAAUCACUAAUGCUCAUUCCUCUGAGUAUUCAUUACCUAAUAGGGCAAUUAAUUCCUUUCUGUAUUCCUUUUCCAUGGCUACACAUUUAUCUCUGAACACUGGGUUCUUAUGCUACACGGCAUCUGAAAUAAAGCUAAAAAAUAUAUGCAAUUUAAAGGAGUCCUUUGUUGCUGUUACGCUAAAGAACAUUUGCAAGCACCAGGGAAUAUUGAGAAUUACACAUUAGAUUUAUAAUUAUCUUAAUUUCUAUUCACUGAAAAGUUUUACAUUAAUUGUAUUACUUGCCAUAUUUAAAAAAUAAUUGUUUACUCAGCAGGAUAGAUUUUACACAAGUAAUUUGUAUUUUGGCUAUGGCAAACACAUCUGAGGGUAUAUCGUUAUUUUUGGGAUAUAAGGAGUUAUUUGGGUAUUUAUUUGUAUGUAAAUACCCUAAUCCUCAUUUUGAGAUAAACUUCUUCAAUUUAUGGCAUUUACUUUUGGUCAGAAAGACCCUAUAGCAUUUUAGUUCCCGGGCAAAUUAAUGCUGUCCAGGUAUUCCAUGAAUUGUAAAAUAUUUGUCAUUUAAAAUAUUAAAAAAUGUGGUAUUCAGAAAAUUAAUUUAACCAUAAGGACCAUAGCUUAAAGGUAAUUCAUUCACUUUUAACUUUUUAGAUGUUUUAUGGUGAAAAAUGCUCUAACAUAAAUAUUAUCUUCCUUUACUCUCUAUGCCUAAUAGUUUUUAAAAUUGCUCACUACUGUGCAAGACUACUGGUAAGCUUUCUUUAGAAGAGGUUAGUGUGGGUGAAGAAUGAAGCAUUUAUUUAUAGUCUAUAAUGCUCUGAAGGCCAGUUUUAUAUCCAAAGCAGUAAUAGCUUUCAAGCUAAGUUUUAUAGGAUAAAUAGAUAAGUCUAUUUAUAAAAAGCAUAUGAAUUUUGAUAUAUAUAGAAUAGUAGUUCAAAUAGUAUAUAUUUUGAUCCUAACUGGUAUAUUGGUUAUUUUACUAUCAGAAGGAUUCAAAUAAAGAUGUUUAUUUUUUUAACCAAUCAAAAGUAUCUGGAUCUUUUAUAAUUCAUUAAUUAAUUCUGGAAUGCAAAUAUCAUACUCAAAAGAUUAUAAAAAAUGUGUUAAGUUUAAUCUUUGUAAAAAGGGGUCAUUUCAGAGAGAACAGUAGUAUUCUGCUGCAUAUUUAAAAAUACUCUAGAAUAAAAUUUGAAAUAUUCAUUGUAUGUGAGUCAUGGAAAUACAUUCAAGCUUUCAUUGCUAGUGUCUGUUUCUACUAUAGUAAUCAAGAUUUUAAAAUAUAUUCACAAAGAUGCAUCUUUACUCAUUAUUUGAAAAUGAUUAGGUAACAAGUUAACGUUUCAAGUAUUACCCUUUGCAGAAACUUUUAAUCAAUAAGAAGCAAAAAUCCUUUUAAUAAUAUAUAACAUACAGAGUUUUUAGAUAAACAUGAUGAAAAUUAAGUUAUUAUGAAUACUGUUAAAAAGUUAAAGAGAAAUACAAAUAGAAUUAAGUUAUGACCAAAAUGUAUCACUGUAGACCAAAAUUGAUAAUUGUCUAUUUCAAAGGCUGCGUAUCUACCCAAUAAAAUACCAAAUGUAAAUGUU